CCGAACAUUCUUCGCAUCUCUGUCCGUGCGCUGUCGAUUCACGUACACAUAUCCGGCUGGCCCAGAAACACAACAAUAACUUUACACAGUUUACAAAAACUAUAAUAUCCCACAUUAGACAAACAAAGGGGGACGAAUUGUAUUACAAAUAACAAUAACGGAGGUGUUUGAGUUGGCUCAGCCGGGAGUUGGAGAUUUCAGUGGAACAUUUUCGGAGCAGUGCAAAAACAUUCUGCUGAAAGACUUGUUGCUCCAACACCUUUGAUCGUGUAUUUUAUCCAUCGUCCCUUGAAGUCACUGUCUCUCCCUAGUGUGCUCCAGGCUUCGGCUUGGAGAUCCCAAGCGCCACCAUGGACCCCAGCAGCUGGAGCGGCAGCGAGAGCCCUGCCGAGGACAUGGAGAGGAUGAGCGACUCGGCAGACAAGCCCCUAGACAAUGACGCUGAGGGGGUGUGGAGCCCCGACAUCGAGCAGAGCUUUCAGGAGGCACUGGCCAUCUAUCCCCCCUGUGGGCGCAGGAAGAUCAUUCUAUCUGACGAGGGAAAGAUGUACGGUCGGAAUGAGCUGAUAGCCCGAUACAUCAAGCUACGGACUGGUAAGACGAGGACAAGGAAGCAGGUGUCUAGUCACAUACAGGUCUUAGCAAGAAAGAAAGUUCGAGAAAUCUCAGCUGCCAUCAAGGUGUCUAGUCACAUUCAGGUUCUUGCCAGAAGGAAAUCUCGUGAGUUUCAUUCCAAGCUAAAGGUUACAAGCAUGGAUCAGACCGUGAAGGACAAAGCCCUCCAGAGCAUGGCCUCCAUGUCCUCGGCUCAGAUCGUCUCUGCCACUGCCAUCCACAACAAACUGGGCCUGCCAGGCAUCCCGCGCCCAGCCUUCCCCGGAGCGGCAGGGUUUUGGCAGGGCAUGAUAUCGACAGCCCAACCUGGAUCAUCACAAGACAUCAAGCCGUUCACCCAACAAGCAUAUCCCAUCCAGCCGGCAGUAACAACAACGAUUUCAAGCUAUGAGCCCACGUCAGCCCCAGUCCCCACAGUCCCAGCGUGGCAUGGCCGCUCCAUCGGAACAUCCAAGCUCCGGCUGGUGGAGUUCUCUGCCUUCCUGGAGCAGCAGAGAGACCAAGACUCAUACAACAAGCACCUCUUUGUGCACAUCGGACAGACAAACCACUCCUACAGCGAUGCCUUGCUGGAGUCAGUGGACAUUCGUCAGAUUUAUGACAAAUUCCCUGAAAAGAAAGGAGGACUGAAGGAGCUCUUUGGCAAGGGUCCCCAGAAUUCCUUCUUCCUCAUAAAAUUUUGGGCUGACUUGAACUGCAACAUAGAGGAUGAAGCGGGGUCUUUCUAUGGAGUGACCAGUCAGUAUGAGAGCUCUGAGAACAUGACAAUCACCUGCUCAACUAAGGUGUGCUCCUUUGGCAAGCAGGUGGUCGAGAAGGUGGAGACGGAGUAUGCCCGGUUUGAAAACGGACGUUUUGUGUACAGGAUAAGCCGGUCUCCCAUGUGUGAAUACAUGAUCAACUUUAUCCACAAGCUCAAACACCUGCCUGAAAAAUACAUGAUGAACAGUGUCCUGGAGAACUUCACCAUCCUAUUGGUGGUGACAAACAGGGACACACAGGAGACUCUGCUGUGUAUGGCGUGUGUGUUUGAGGUGUCGAACAGCGAGCACGGUGCGCAGCAUCAUAUCUACCGACUGAGUGAAGGAAUGAGACUCCUAAACCCCCCCUGA